GGUGAUGACUGGAGAGGUGACCCUGCUGGGACAUUAUACAGUAAUGGAGGGGUCUGGUGAUGGCUGGAGAGGUGACACUGCUGGGACAUUAUACAGUAAUGGGGGUCUGGUGAUGACUGUAUCAUUGUGUGUCAGGUUCCUAUAAGGUGUCAGGAUGUGGCGGUCUUUUUCUCCAUGGAGGAGUGGGAGUAUGUAGAAGGACACAAGGUUCUGUACCAGGACAUAGUCAUGAUGGAGGAUCACCGGCCCCUCACAUCACAAGAUGGAGUCAUGGAUAGAAAUCCACCCGAGAGGUGUCCCCGUCCUCUGUAUUCCCAGGACUGUCCAGAGGGAAAUGUCCCAGAGAAUCAUCAGGUUGAAGAUCAGAUUAAUAUUAAAGUUGAGGUUAAAGAUGAACCAGAAGAGGAGACGGAUUUCUGGGCCGAUCACCCGUGUGCGAGGGAAGUGAAGGAGGAAAUUCCAGGAUGUGUUACCCCAGAAAAUCCCAGUAAGAAUUCUGAGGGAAACUUCAUGUUAUCCCUGAAUGAUAAAGGAGAAGAUGAAGAUAUGAUGGAGCGCUCCUCAGGAGAAGACCUCCUUACCCCUAAUGUCCAUCCAGAUCUAUCCUAUAAUAAUCCACCUGAUCAUGAGGAACCUUCUCCUGACCAACCACACAUUGUUACCACAAGGAAAGAUCAGGAACAUGGGAAAGGUUUAUAUUGUGAGGAAUGUGGGAAAGAGUUUACAAGAAGAUCAAGUCUCAUUAGACACAGAAAAAGUCACAGAAAAAAGAAACAGUAUGUGUGUUCAGAACGUGGGAAAUGCUGUAAAAGUCCAUCAAAGCUAAUUAUACAUGAGAGAAUUCAUACAGGAGAGACAUGUUCAGCAUGUGGGAAAUGUUUUAUAAGCAAAUCAGAUCUUUUUAAACAUGAGAGAAUUCACACAGUAGAGAAGCCAUAUUCAUGUUCAGAAUGUGAGAAAUGUUUUAAAUAUAAAUCAGGGCUUGUUAGACAUGAGAGAAUUCACACAGGAGAGAAGCCAUAUUCAUGUUCAGAAUGUGGGAAAUGUUUUACAAGAAAAUCACAGAUUGUUAGACAUGAGAGAAUUCACACAGGAGAGAAGCCAUAUUCAUGUUCAGAAUGUGGUAAAUGUUUUAAACGAAAAUCACAUCUUUCAUUACAUGAGAGAAUUCACACAGAAGUGAAGCCAUAUUCAUGUUCUGAAUGUGGGAAAGGUCUUAUCAGUAAAUCACAUCUUUCAUUACAUGAGAGAAUUCACACAGGAGAGAAGCCAUAUUCAUGUUCAGAAUGUGGGAAAUGUUUUAAAGGUAAAAACCAUCUUGUUAUGCAUGAGAGAAUUCACACAGGAGAGAAGCCAUAUUCAUGUUCAGAAUGUGAGAAAUGUUUUAUAAGUAAGUCAGAUCUUGUUAUACAUGAAAGAAUUCACACAGGAGAGAAGCCAUAUCCAUGUUCAGAAUGUGAGAAAUGUUUUAUAAGUAAGUCAGAUCUUGUUAAACAUGAGAGAAUUCACACAGGAGAGAAGCCACAUUCGUGUUCAGAAUGUAGGAAAUGUUUUAACAGUAAAUACAACCUUGUUAUGCAUGAGAGAAUUCACACAGGAGAGAAGCCACAUUCAUGUUCAGAAUGUGGGAAAUGUUUUAUAAGUAAGUCAGAGCUUGUUAAACAUGAGAGAAUUCAUACAGGAGAGAAGCCGUAUUCAUGUUCACAAUGUGGGAAAUGUUUUAUACAAAAAUGUAGUUUUUCCAGACAUGAGAGAUCGCGGGGCUCGAACAGGGCUACGCAGUCAUUAUCGCAGUCCAUUCCGGAGCUGUUCCGUGUGGCGACCAGAUCCAAGAUGGCAACAUCCCGCUCCUCCUCACCUGCAAGCCUCUCGGAGGGAGAAGACAAGCAGGACACAGCAGACUUGUCGCCGGCGGCAAUGUUCCGCAACAUCAAAUCUCUGUUUCAAACAGCUUUGGCUAAGGCUGUUUUGGAUUUCACCUCUCAAAUCCAAGAGCUGGCUCAGCGAGUCUCUGAUACUGAGGCCAAGCUGGAUGAGCUAACCGACGCGGUGGAGGAAGACAGGCGUGAUAUCGAUGGCCAUGCUGUGCAGCUGGACUCUCUCAAGCUGAAGCUCGAAGAUUUGAAAAAUAGGUCUCAUAGAGAAAACUUGAGAGUCAGGGGCCUGCAAGAGUCUUUCACCGACCUCACCAAGACGAUCACCGAGCUCUUCAGCAAGCUGACUCCGCAACUGGAACCAGAAAUGCUGCGAUUUGACCGUAUCCACUGGGCCUUGGCCGUACCCCGGAACCCUGAUCUUCCUCGGGACGUUGUAUUGAAGCUACACUACCCGGAGGUCGUAGUCAUGAUGGAGGAUCACCGGCCCCUCACAUCACAAGACGAAGUCAUUGAUAGAGAUCCACCCGAGAGGUGUCCCCAACCUCUGUAUUCCCAGAACUGUCCAGAGGGAAAUGUCCCAGAGAACCAUCAGGUUGAAGAUCAGAUUAAUAUUAAAGUUGAGGUUAAAGGUGAACCCAAAGAGGAGACGGAUUUCUGUGCCGAUCACCGGUGUACGAGGGAAGUGAAGGAGGAAAUUAGAGGAGGUGUUACCCCAGAAAAUUCCAGUAAGAAUUCUGAGGGAAACUUCAUGUUAUCCCUGAAUGAUAAAGGAGAAGAUGAAGAUAUGAUGGAGCGCUCCUCAGGAGAAGACCUCCUUACCCCUAAUGUCCAUCCAGAUCUAUCCUAUAAUAAUCCACCUGAUCAUGAGGAACCUUCUCCUGACCAACCACACAUUGUUACCACAAGGAAAGAUCAAGAACAUGGGAAAGGUUUAUAUUGUGAGGAAUGUGGGAAAUGUUUUAUAAGCAAAUCAGCUCUUUUUAAACAUGAGAGAAUUCACACAGUAGAGAAGCCAUAUUCAUGUUCAGAAUGUGAGAAAUGUUUUAAAUAUAAAUCAGGGCUUGUUAGACAUGAGAGAAUUCACACAGGAGAGAAGCCAUAUUCAUGUUCAGAAUGUGGGAAAUGUUUUACAAGAAAAUCACAGAUUGUUAGACAUGAGAGAAUUCACACAGGAGAGAAGCCAUAUUCAUGUUCAGAAUGUGGUAAAUGUUUUAAACGAAAAUCACAUCUUUCAUUACAUGAGAGAAUUCACACAGAAGUGAAGCCAUAUUCAUGUUCAGAAUGUGGGAAAUGCUUUAACUGUAAAUCACGGCUUGUUACGCAUGAGAGAAUUCACACAGGAGAGAAGCCAUAUUCAUGUUCAGAAUGUGCGAAAUGUUUUAUAAGUAAGUCAGAUCUUGUUAUACAUGAAAGAAUUCACACAGGAGAGAAGCCAUAUUCAUGUUCAGAAUGUGGUAAAUGUUUUAGCAGUAAAACACGGCUUGUUAAACAUGAGAGAAUUCACACAGGAGAGAAGCCACAUUCUUGUUCAGAAUGUGGUAAAUGUUUUAACAGUAAAUACAAGCUUUUUAUGCAUGAGAGAAUUCAUACAGGAGAGAAGCCAUAUUCAUGUUCAGAGUGUGGGAAAUGUUUUAUAAGUAAGUCAGAUCUUGUUAUACAUGAGAGAAUUCACACAGGAGAGAAGCCAUAUUCAUGUUCAGAAUGUGGUAAAUGUUUUAAACUAAAAUCACAUCUUUCUGAACAUGAGAGAGCUCACACAGGAGAGAAGCCAUAUUCAUGUUCAGAAUGUUGGAAAUGUUUUAUAAGUAGAUCAGAGCUUGUUAUACAUGAGAGAAUUCAUAAAGGAGAGAAGCCAUAUUCAUGUUCACACUGUGGGAAAUGUUUUAUACAAAAAUCUAAUUUUUCCAGACAUGAGAGAACUCACACAUGAGAGGAGCUGUAUUCAUGUUGAGAAUGUGGGAAAUGUUUUAGAAAUAAAUCUCAACUUUCUGGACAUGAGAGAAGUCACACAGGAGAAUGAUAGACGAAAUAAUAAAUGAUAAAAAUAUAAUAAUAUGGAGAAUGGAAAUAUGAGAUGUCAUGUAACAGUAAAAUGUGAUGUUCUGUAGUGAGAAUUAACCCUCGAAUAAACUUCAUAAUGAAACCUAAGCAGAAGCUAAAGCCAACAUCAUCUCUUGGUCAUCAGCACCUGAAAUGAGAAGUAAUAUGUAAUGCUAUUGUGUAUCAAUUAGUAGUGACUUGUAGCUCUACACUACAGUAUGAUUGGAUGAUUUAUAUGGAUGAUAAUGAUUGGUGAUUACUAUGUAUUACCUCGGCCUCAUUUCCAUUAGAAAUAUUACUGAUUGUAUCUCAUGUGUCACUUCUGUCCUAUCAGGAUCAGGACACUUCUGUGUUGUCACCAAUAACCCUUAGGCCGGGGUCACACACAGGGGUUACAAUAAACCCCUCCCUCCCCUAGCCUGGCAGAACCCUAUCUUCUUAUACUCAUCCGCUCUUCCAUAGCACCCAUUUUUUUUCCAUUUCCUUUUUCUUAUUACUAUAAAAAAAUCCUCAAAUUUCUCCUGAUCUCCCCCCCUCCCUCAUGUUGAUUUUCCUUCCUUCAUUCCCUCCGACUCCUCUCCCCUUUCUUGUCCCCUCUACGCUCUAUUCCCUGGUUCCUCUCCGCUCUUGUCCCCAACUCUCUCACCUCCUUUCCCACUAUAUAACUCCCAUGACGGGACUGGUAGAGAUGUACCGUUUACUCUAUGCCUUUCAUUAAUAAGUGUCCGACGCCUAUAUUUGCCCAUUUGUCCUGCUGCUCUAUGAUGCUUUAUUAUUACUGUAUGUCUCUACUGAGCUCAGAAUGUUUAUUCUUUGUUCUUGUUCUUUAAUGUCAAUAAAAGAAAUGUUUGAAUAUAAAAAAAAAAAAUCCUCAAAUUUCUUAACUUUCCCCACCAACUUAACCCCUUAAGGACCAAGCGUUUUUACAUUUUUGUUUUUUCCUUACCUUUUAAAAAUCAUAACCCUUUCAAA